CACCCAUUUUUCUCUGGUCAGAUUCGAAGGUGACACUGCACUGGAUCCGGGGGCACGCCUCCCGCUGGAAGACUUACGUGGCGAACCGCGUGGCCCACAUCCAGCAGAAGCUGCCGGAUGCUCAAUGGCAACAUGUCCCCGGGCGGGACAACCCUGCGGACUGCGCCUCCAGAGGGAUCGCUCCAGGCGAACUGCUGGACCACCCCCUGUGGUGGACCGGACCCGCCUGGCUUCGCGAGGACCGAUCUCUGUGGCCGAGCGAGGACCCUGCGAUGCCCGACGCCGAUCUGCCCGAACAGAGAAUCGCGGCACACGUCGCCACCGAGAAAAUCGAGGAGGAACCCGAGAUGCUUCUCAGAUUUUCCUCGCUGCACCGGCUUCUACGGGUCACAGCUUGGUGCUCCCGCUGGCGACGCACUGCUUCCCGCACCACCACACUCACGUUGCGAUCGGACGAGAUCGACGACGCACUGAUUCUCUGGCUCCGUGUGGUGCAAGCACUGCACUUCGCCUCCGAGAUCACGGCACUUUCUGCAAACAGCACUGUGUCACACCGAAGUUCAUUGGCGAGCCUGAGUCCAUUCUUGGAUGACCACGGAGUUCUGAGAGUCGGAGGCCGCCUCAAGCAUGCCAUGCUUUCCACCGACGAGCGACACCCGAUGAUCGCACCUCCUUCUUCGUGGCUCACUCGGUUGAUCAUAGAGUCGUGCCACCGCCGGACGCUGCACGGAGGAGUGCAGCUCACCCUCGGCCUACUUCGCCUCCGCUUCUGGAUCCCUCGAGGCCGCUCCGUCGUCAAGCAGCGGCUGCAUCGCUGUGUAACAUGCACCCGCUGGCGAGCCACGGCACCUCAGCCUCCGAUGGGCAAUCUUCCGAAGGGACGAGUCACUCCGGCACGCCCAUUCCUCCGGACCGGCCUGGACUACGCCGGCCCAAUCUCCAUCCGCACGACCAAAGGCCGCGGACACCGAGCGCACAAGGCCUUUAUCGCUGUAUUCGUGUGCCUAUGCACCAAGGCGGUGCAUCUGGACGUCGUGUCGGAUUACACGACGGACGCCUUUCUCGCCGCUUUCCGUCGCUUCAUCUCCCGUCGAGGCCUCUGCGAGGAGCUAUACUCGGAUUGCGGCACCAAUUUCGUGGGAGCCGACCGAGUCCUAAGAGAGCUCUUCCGAGCUUCGUCCGCCGACGGCCGUCGCCUUGCUCACGCCGCCGCCGCAGAGGGUGUCAAAUGGCACUUUAACCCGCCAGCUGCACCGCACUUCGGAGGACUGUGGGAGGCCGCCGUGAAGUCGACCAAGUUCCAUCUCCGUCGGGUCAUUGGGGAGACCACGCUCACCUUUGAGGAAAUGAGCACCCUCCUCGCUCAG